AUGGCCUCGAUGGACGCCGUCAUCCAGCGCACACCGCCCGUCGUCGCAAGGACACACUGGGAGACGGCGCCGCAGCUGACGAGGCUACGCGCCCGGAACACGUCGGUGCUGUUCCGCAUCGGCAUCGACUCGAGGACGAUCGCGGAGCUGGAAUCGAGGUACGGGCGGCACUUUACCUACGCCGUCGACGCGGUCCACGAGCACGGCGGCUUCACUUGGUUCCUGGCCGAGACGCACGGCGACGGCUUCGCCAUCUGGCUCGAGGGCGAGCCCAUGCACCGCGUCGAGGGCAUCGAGGGCAUGAUGGAAGACGUCAAGGGCUGCAGGCGCUACAAUUUCGACGUCGACAUCAGCCUGUCGUUUGACGAGCGGGCUGCGCGUGGCCACCUCGGGCUCAUCGUCACGGCCAAGCAGGUCUGCCAGGGUCUGUGGGACCGCUGGCCCCGUGUCGAGAUGUCGGCCGGCUUCUUCAAGCCCCCGGUCGACGACGUCGAUCCGCCGACCGAGGCGGCGACGAAGCGUACUCGCCUGGGCAGCAGGCGGCGUGGAUCGACCAAGAAGGACAAGCGCGAACCGCAAAAGGCGGCCGGCCAGACCAAGGGCCGACAGCUGCCGCAAGAGAAGCAAGAGGACGGGCAGACGAGGCCUUAUGACAGCGAGAAGAGGCCGUGUGAAAGCGGGAAGAGGCCUUGCGACGACGAGAAGAGCGAGAAGCGCCCAAAGACGGGCAAGCAGGAGUCGACCUAG